AUGUCUCAAAAUGAUGGCGGAGCCUUAAAAAUCGAGGAAGCGAAGCCUACCGCGCCGCCCGUGAAAGAACAAUUACCUGGAAUUCAGUAUUGCAUUAAUAGUCCACCUCCAUGGCGUGAAGCAGUGAUAUUAGGGUUUCAGCAUUACCUUCUGACUCUUGGCAUUACUGUUUUGAUUCCAACUAUAAUUGUUCCUCAAAUGGGUGGAGGAAAUGUUGAGAAGGCCAAGGUGAUACAGUCCCUUCUGUUUGUUUCUGGACUAAACACCUUCCUUCAAUCUUUAUUCGGAACUCGAUUACCGAUUGUAGUUGUUGGUUCAUACACUUACAUAAUACCUAUACUUUCUAUUGUUCAAGCUAGCAGAUAUAAUGCAUAUUCAGAUCCUUAUGAGAGGUUUACUAUGACAAUGAGAGGGAUUCAAGGUGCUUUGAUCAUAAGUUCGAGUUUCCAAAUCGCUAUUGGAUUUUUCGGGUUUUGGAGGAAUGCUGUAAGGUUCCUUAGUCCACUUUCUGUUGUUCCAUAUGUAACAUUCACUGGACUUGGUCUAUAUCAACUUGGUUUCCCAAUGCUUGCGAACUGUGUCGAAAUCGGGCUUCCUGCGUUAAUUAUAAUGGUUUUCAUCUCACAGUAUCUUCAUCGGUAUAUUAGCACCGUGAGGCCUAUACAUGACCGAUACGCAGUGCUAUUUACCGUUGCAAUUGCAUGGUUAUUUGCACAGCUUUUAACUACUUCCACUGCAUAUAACCACAAGUCAGAAAGUACACAGAAUAGCUGCCGCACGGAUCGUGCUGGACUCAUUACUUCCGCGAAAUGGGUGUAUCUUCCUUACCCUUUUCAAUGGGGGCCUCCUACUUUCAAUGUUCUUGAAGCUUUUCCUAUGAUGGCUGCUUCUAUAGUUUCUCUUUUUGAGUUUUCUGGUACAUCCUAUGCUGCUGCAAGAUAUGGAAGUGCCACGCCCGUGCCACCUUCGAUUAUAAGCCGCGGAGCUGGUUGGGUGGGAGUAGGUGCUUUUCUCAGUGCUAUAUUUGGCUGUGUAACCGGAACUACAGCAUCUGCGGAAAAUGCUGGUUUACUAGCAUUAACAAAAGUAGGAAGCAGAAGAGUAAUUCAAAUAUCAUCUGGCUUUAUGAUUUUCUUCUCUAUAUUCGGUAAAUUUGGAGCAGUUUUUGCAUCUGUUCCUUUCCCUAUCAUAGCAGCAUUAUAUUGCGUAUUAUUCGGCUAUGUGUCUUCUGCUGGUCUUGGUUUUCUCCAAUUCUGUAACCUUAACAGUUUCCGAACCAAAUUCGUGUUAGGCUUCUCAUUCUUCUUAGGAAUCUCCAUACCACAAUAUUUCUCACAAUAUUUUUAUGUCAAACAUGAACAAGGAAGUCCUAGAUGGUUAUGUGAUAUCGUAAGUGUGAUCUUCAUGUCACAUGUAACGGUUGCUGCGUUGGUUGCUCUAAUUUUGGAUCUCACGCUUUCUGGCGACGAUGAUGCAGCGAAAAAUGACAGUAGUUUGAAAUGGUGGGAGAAGUUUAGCUUGUAUAGUUCAGAUGUUAGAAAUGAUGAGUUCUAUUCUUUACCUUGCAGACUCAAUGAGCUUUUCCCAUCACUUUAA